AUGACCGUCGGACCCUCUCCUACCCUCAGGCAGCUCUACGACGAGCAGGGCUUCGUUAUCAUCCCAGGUCUCGUUACCUCCGAUCACCUCUCUAACCUCGAAAAUGCCGCGAAGCACGUUAUCAAGCUUACCCGUGCGGGCCAGUGGGCACACCGCCGCACUGUCGGCCGCCAAUUUCCGCCCUUCGACGAUAGCAACACGGAUUCGUGGGGCGUGCAGCAUCUCAUGCACCCCGACCUUGGCGAAACGGUAUUUGCGCGCUGGUACACCUCCGAUGCGCUCCUCGAUGUCGUGGAACAGUUGAUGGGGUGUGGAGAAGAUGACCUCCAGAUGGAACUAUUCAAUAUGCUCAUUAACCCCACUUCUCACUCCUUUGCACUGCGGUGGCACCGCGACGAUGUACGGGAGACUGCGACAGAAGAGGAAGAACGUGAGGCUCUCGCCGUGUGGCACCACGGAGUUCAAUGGAACACCGCGCUCCGUGAAGACGCGUGUCUAUUCAUCGUGCCGGGCUCGCACAAAGCACCGCGCACGCCCGCGCAGCGCGCCCGGUCCUGCACGAUGGACGCGCCCGAGGACCCGCUCGCGAUGCCGGGCGCGGUGCGCGUGACGCUCCAGCCGGGCGAGACGGUCUUCUACAACAACAACAUCCUCCACUGCGCGGCGUACGACCACACGAAGGAGCGCAUCACGCUGCACGCGUGCAUCGGGGAGGUGCGCGGCGGCCCAGCGCGCGCCCGGAACAUCCUGCAGCACGGGCUGCGGUGGAUGAAGGAGGAGCGCUUCCGAGACACGCUCGACCCGCGCGGGCGGAAGAUGUUGGAGAGGAUCGUGCGGCUUCAGGAGAGCGUCGACGGAGACGUUGGUUAUUCACAGGUCAACUGA